CCGGUCGGAACGGACCGAAACGGGCCGGAACGCGCCGGAACGCGGAGCGUACCCCCCGGCGAUUUACAAUCAUAAACUACGGUGUCGCGUAUGUAUGUUUCGUAUGUAUAUGUAUAUACUUAUCGCGAGAGCGUGGUUUUAUUAUGAUUUUUGAGCGCCAGGUGGCCGCGUUUUUGUUGUCGAUCCGCCGUCGGCGGCGCGGCGCGGCUCCCCUCAGCGCCAUUACAUCGAUAAAUGUCAUCGCGGCGGCCGCCAGCGUGAAACGUCGCCGUCGCCGCUCGCCGCCGUCGCCGUCGCCGCCGACGUAGCACCGUCCACCUGGUCCUUGCCGCCCGCGUAAGAGGAGGAGCAGGAGAAGGAGGAAGAAGAGACGACGGUGGAGGAAAGAGGAUCGCGCGACGCCUGCUCCAGACACGGCCACGCGUCCCGGUCGCGCGCACCGCGACGAUGUCCACCAAGCGGAAAAACGCGAGUGGCAAGGCGAAGAACCGUCCGCCUAAGUCGCGGAAGGUGGAGUACGACGAGGAGGACAUCUCCAGCGAGCACGACUCGGAGGUCGACGAUGCCGAGGCCGUCUCCAACGCCGACGGCGAGGACGCCGCAGCCGAGGACGCGCUUGCGGACGUCUCGAACAUGCCCGAGCUACCGGCCCCGGAGGGCGGCUGGGGCAAGCCUGGAACAUUGCUCAUGUGUGGCCUUACUAAUUGGGAAAUGGCUGGUCGCAAGGCACCGCCUAAGGGAGUGAAGGCGAACGUGGGACGUAGCCUGUGGACGCCGCACACCUUUAAAAAUUUGAACGACGCUAGAGUACGACUAAUCGCAUCCGGUCCCGCUGCAUCCCACAGCAUUAUCGUUACUGAGGAUAAUAGAUGCUUGGCUUUUGGUAGAAACGAUAAAGGUCAAUUGGGUGUCGGAGACACGAAGCGUCGCGACGAGCCCACCGAGGUCGAAGCUUUAAAAGGACACACGGUUAUAGGGGCGUCGUGCGGACGCAACCACACCUUAUUUUUAACGAGCCGCGGUAUAGUUUUUGCUGCUGGCGACAAUAAACUGGGCCAAUGCGGGGUCGGCAAAAAUGACCCUUGUAUCGUGACUGCCACCAAAGUUAAAUAUUCCGGACCGCCGAUAGUGAAAGUGGGAUGCGGCGCAGAAUUCUCGAUGAUCCUGGACAUCAAGGGUGGUCUACACUCGUUCGGAUGCCCGGAGUACGGCGCUCUAGGCCACAACACCGACGGCAAAUACUUCAUCACGAAUACGAAAAUGGCAUUUCAUUAUGAGAAAGCGCCUAAGCGAAUCGUUUUGUACGUCGAGAGAGGUAAGGACGGCCACGCGACGCCGUUGGAUCGCGUUGAGAUCACGGACUUUAGCUGCGGUCACUAUCACACCGUCGCGAUUGACAGCAAGAACCGGGCGUUCUCCUGGGGAUUCGGUGGGAUUGGCCGUCUGGGUCACAACGAGCAGCGCGACGAAUUGGUACCACGUCUGAUCAAGUUUCUGGAGCCGCCCAGCCGCGGUGUCCGUGCGGUUUAUUGCGGCAGCACGUACAGCAUCGCGAUUAACGUACACGGCUCCGCCCUGAUGUUCGGUCAGACUAAGCGCACAGGCGAGGCCAACAUGUACCCCAAGCCUAUUCAGGAUCUAUCCGGUUGGGAAAUUCGAUGCGUCGGUUGUUCACAAACGAGCGUGGUGGUCGCGGCCGAUGACUCCGUUAUUGCAUGGGGCCCUAGUCCUACGUUCGGAGAAUUGGGUUUUGGUGAAAUGCGAAAGUCGUCGACGACUCCGAUGGAGGUAAAAGCCUUGGAAGGUUUAUACAUUACUGCCGUUACAUGUGGUCUGUCUCAUACACUUAUGAUCUGCCGAGACGAUACCGAGGAGGAAAGGGCCGAGAUUAAUAAACUCCAGGUGUACUCUGUUUAAAGUAUAUUCUUCGAUUGCGUAAACGGGUCUCCAUUGCGUCGCUAUGCAGAUGAUCGAAUCAGAAGGAAAACGUUCCUUCGAUGAUUCACAGCUAGGUUUCAACGAGUUUGAACAAAGUAUCCGAGAAAGAUAACAAGUAGAUUGCCACGAAACGUCCAGAAAAGAGAUAUAGGAUUAGAUAUUAUUCUACUUUGUACUUCCAGUUUUUACUUAACGCGCGAAUGAAAGUCGAUCUGUGUAACAUUUGAAACCCAUUCUGUUAGCAGCUCAGGUUAAUAGACCAAACAAGAUAGAUGCAAAAAAAUAUAUUUUGAUACGUUGCUAUUUUAUUGAAGUUUGCUGCAAUUUUCAUCGGAAUGGAGAUAGUUAUUCGUAAGGAGAAGCUGAAGAACUGUAAAGAGAACUGGUAGAACUCAGAAGCAAUUGCCUUCAUUUUUAUCGCUUUCUUAAUCGAUUUACCUAUUCAAAUAGUUUAUAUAAUUGAUUCAUCACAAUAGUACCUGAAUCAUUACAUCUGCAGGAAUCGUUUUUUUACAAUGCAUAUAUACAGGGAUAAUCCCUGAAUAGGAUUAACGCGAGUGAGCCAUUCAACUAGGUAAUAUUUUAACGGUUGUACAUGAAUUAAAUUCCGCGAUAUGUGUUUUAUUAAAUUCAUAGGAGGAUAAUUUAACAAUUUUUUUUAAUGUAAAAUGUCGCCUAUAUGGAAA